CGGAAGUCUUGCUGCAGUGAGUUGAGCUUCACCCUCUCGUUCCCCUCAGCGACUCUGACAUCAUGGCGGACGCCGAUUCUUGGGAUGCGGACAGUUUCGAGCCUGAGGAGCCCAUCAAAAAGGCGGCAGUUCAUGACAAAUGGGAGGGCGAGGAUGAGGACGACGACGUGAAAGAUAAUUGGGAUGAUGAUGAAGAGGAAGAAAAGGAGGAGGAGGAGGACGAGGAAAAAAAGACAGAGGCUAAACCUACAGAAAAAAAGAAACUCAGUGAAAAGAUAAAAGAAAAGGAAAAUUUACAAAGGAAAAAACAAGAGGAGCUCAGAAAACAACAGUUAGAGGAAACAAAAAGAGACACACCACUCACACCAGAAGAUGAACUGGCAGAGAAACUCAGAGUGAAACAACUACAGGAGGAUUCAGACUUAGAACUAGCAAAAGAGGCAUUUGGUGUAGUUUCAAAUAAUGUUACAGGAAUCGAUGCGAUAAGUCCCUCUUCAAAAGACGAUUUCACAGAGUUCGAGCGGUUGCUAAAAGAAAAAAUAUCUCCCUAUGAGAAGUCUAUACACUAUUCCAGCUUUUUAGAAACGCUGUUUAGGGAUCUGUGUCUUUCAUUGGAAGUUGACGAUUUGAAGAAAAUUAACAACUCACUAACAGUGUUACUAAGUGAAAAACAGAGGCAAGAAAAGGCAAACAAAGGUAAAAAGAAAAAGAAGGGAGUUUUACCAGGAGGAGGUUUAAAAGCCAAGAUGAAAGAUGAUCUGGCAGAUUACGGCGAGUUUGACGGCGGUUAUGCACAAGACUACGAGGACUUCAUGUGACCAAGGCUUAACCCAAUGCUAACUUUUGCUGUUUGCUGAACCACACACACCUUAACAGCAUGACCUUCUCCCACUGUCAGGCCCACAACCAGAACAUGCUAAAUAACUCUGAACGUCAUCCAAGCAAUGCACACUUUCCCAUCAGAGAGAACCAAUAAACUGCGCUCUUUUUUUUUCCUCUGGCCUGUCGUGACUUUAGGUUGGAAUAAUAAACCCGAUAAAACAAAUGUGAACCUGCAGUAUCAGUUAAUUCCCACAGUCCUGGCUUAAACAAACAAACAAACAGUGUUAUUGUUCGGUAUUUCUAGGAAAUAAAUGACGCUAUGCAAAAAUCAGUCCGGAUUGAUCUCCAUGUCAUUAGGUGACAUUAACCUUUUUUUUUUUUGUUGUCUACGGGAUGUUCCUUGUUGCAAACCAGGCCGAUUAACUCAACCUGAAGUGAUGAUAUCAAAGUCACGUGGUUCAUAAAUCAAGUGUACAAUCACGUUUAUUUUGUUCGUAGGCUAUAGCGAGCUCAUUUAGAUAAGUAAAUCUAGAGUGUAGCGUAAUUAACGUGAGCAUAAUGCAUUGACAAUAACGCCUUUACGUUUGUAGCUCGUAAUGCAUUCCAUGUGAAGUUGAAGACCAAAAGUAUCACCGUUUUGACGAUACGUUGCAGCGUUAUUAGGAUUACCUCAAUUUUUGCAGAGUGAAUUAUGCGAAUAUUUACAGAUAUAACUUUAUGCAGUGAUUCAUUUGAGCUCAGCCAUGCCAGCGUGAUUUCACACACACGCUCUGCUGAUGUAUAAGGGACUGAACGUUGACGUAGGGUCUUUUCAGCCGUCGUUUGGCUUUCCAUUUUAUUGACAAUUUGCAGUGUGGUAGAGAUGCUUCAAAGAGACUCACGAUCAGCAAAGCCGAUGAUAGGACUCUGCACUGUUUUAUAAAGAUCUAAUUUAAUAAAAGUUGCUUAAAAUCAA